UUCGGCCCAGUCCUUCCUGUUCUUCUCAAACCAUGGAGGGGAUCUGGCACGAGCCACAUCAGCUAUCCAAUAUGGCGGCCUCCUCCCUUUGUUCGAUCAUUUAAUCAUCCGAAAGUUCGAAUCAAAACAAAGCUCAAAUGGCCAAAAAUAAUCCUGAUCCUAGCGGGCAUAAAAUCUUGGCGUAUUUUAGUGUUCAACAUUAAUUAUUUUGGACAUGGCAAGAGCUUUGGACGAGCGAUCUAAGAAAUUCAUCGAUGCGGUUCAAUCUGACCUGAGAGCUUUGUCCAACGAAACGAGACGAAAAUUCCAACCAGUUAAAGAGGCGGCAGAAGCUGGGAUUCUACGCCUCAGAACGAUUAGUGCUGCCAAGGCAAAAAGCUUGAAGAUCACAAAAGUGAUUGCAGAUGAAACUGAGAUAGUGCAACCAUUCUUGCUUGGCUGCGAUACCAAGAGUCUGCGUGUGGUGCAGAUCUCACUGACGGGUCUUCAGCGGCUCAUAAACAAUGAGGCUUUAUCUGAGUCGUCUGCCGUAAAUCUUGUCAGUGCGUUAUGGCAGUUGAUGGAGGGAGGCUUGGAAGAGCUACGAAUCCUUCAGACAAUUAUUCUUCUCAUAACAACGUCAAAUAUUGUUCAUGGGGAGUGCCUCGGAAAGGCCAUGGUCUUGUGCUUCAAGUUAUAUUUCAUAAAAGAUGCAACAAUUUGUACGACUGCUGCAGCAACUGUCAGACAGAUGGUGUCAGUGAUAUUUGAGAGAGUUGUCACAGAGGACAGUCAAGGAUUAGGUAAAGAAAUUUCACUUAUUUUUACAGUCAACACCUUAUUCUGUUGCUCUCCUAAGGCCAUGGUCUUGUGCUUCAAGUUAUAUUUCAUAAAAGAUGCAACAAUUUGUACGACUGCUGCAGCAACUGUCAGACAGAUGGUGUCAGUGAUAUUUGAGAGAGUUGUCACAGAGGACAGUCAAGGAUUAGCUGCUCAGAAAGUUGAGGACACUGCAGGAUCCAUCAGACAUAAGAACUGUCCUGUCAGUCUCCACCCAUGUGCUCGGGAUGCUUAUCUACUUUUUCAGGAUUUGUGUCAACUUACAAAUGGAGAGCAGCCCUACUGGUUGAUUGGUAUUAUUGAGAUGACAAGAACAUUUGGGUUAGAGCUGCUAGAAAGUGUGCUGAAGGGAUACCCAAACAUAUUUCUUAAACAUCCUGAAUUUAGCUUCCUACUAAAGGAAAGAGUCUGUCCACUGAUCAUCAAACUGUUCUCUCCAAGCAUCAAACACCGUGUAAGCUCAACUCCAUUGGAGAAACCACUCUAUCCAGUGGCGGUCAGACUUCUUAGGAUUGUCUCUGUCCUGAUAGAAAAAUUUUACACUCUUUUGGUAACUGAGUGUGAGAUUUUUCUGUCCCUCUUGGUGAAGUUCCUGGAGCCAGAUAAGCCACAGUGGCAGAGAGCACUGGCUCUUGAAGUUCUUCAUACUCUUACAAUUCAGCCAGCCCUACUCAGGUCAUUUUGCCUGUUUUAUGACAUGCAGGAACACUCCACCAGAAUCUUUCAUGACAUGGUGAAUGCCCUGACGAGCUUCACCCAGGGAUUAUUCACCAACCAGACAACCCACAGCUCAUCACAGAAUGCGUCACACUUAGCCAGUGCCAACACAAUCCAGACUCCAUCCAGUGCUCCGCCCCCAUCAGUCGUGGCUCUGAGUGCAAUGGGUGGGGUCACUCCGCAGCCUGGGUUCUCUUACAGGGGUUCAUGGAUACCACUGAAUGUUAUGCCAGUUUAUGGUCAAGCUAAACCUGUUUAUCUAGAACAGUUGGAAAGGCCUGAGUGUUCAUCAAUCUCUGAUGGCUACACACUGUCCAUUGCCUUCGCCUGUUUGCUGGAGAUUGUCAAAAGUCUUGAUGUGCUUGUACAAGAAAGCAAUGGCUCAUCAAAUGGGGGAGAUGUUAUUGGUUGGAUUGAACCUGAAGUGCCUGGAACACCUAUUGAGACAGGGGUAGGGACUGACACUAUCAGAGCUGCGGCAAAAGAAGGUGUAGAAAAUGACAAAGGAUCAAAUGCACCAGACUUGUUUCAGGAGAUGGUGUCAGCUUCGUGGUGUGGAGUUUUGGCAUCCUUAUCUUUACUUUUAGAAGCAAGCAAUGAUGAAACUGCCACAGAAACCAUACUCAAAUCUUACCAGUUAUAUGCUAAUGUUUGUGGCAUCCUGAAUCUCACUACUCCGAGAGAUGCGUUUAUCACUUCACUUUGUAAGGCAGCAUUGCCCCCACACUACACCCUGACAGUACUUAAUCCCCACUCCGGUACUGCUCAGGUAUCUUAUGUCAAGAUGCCAAUGAGUGGGUCUCAGUCCCUCUCAGAAUCACAGGGAGGAGAUCACAGAGGCAUUGGGAGAUCACUGUCUGGCUCGGGAGAGACUGGGUCUAGUGCUGUUGUCACAGGCGUCCCACUUGGUUCCAGUCAUGGUCCUGUGUCCUUAACAGCAAAGAACAUUCAGUGUAUGCGCUCACUGUUAAGCCUUGCACACUGCCAUGGAGGAAUUCUGGGAACAGCCUGGCACAUGGUACUUACAACACUGCAGCAUCUGACAUGGAUUUUGGGUCUGAAGCCGUCUGCAGGAGGGACGCUGAAAGCUAUGCCAGCCAGCGAGGCUCCUAACUUGGUCAUAACCCAAGCAAUGAUGGCUGAGCUUCCUGUCCUGGCUGCAAUCUUAUCAAGACUCUUUGAAACAUCCAAGUAUCUAGAUGAUGUCGGUUUGCACCAUCUUGUGGACGCGCUGUGCAGAUUAUCCACCACUUCAAUGGAACAAGCACAGACCAACAAGGAACCCUCUCUCUUUGCUGUGGCCAAACUGUUAGAGACAGGUUUAAAUAACCUCCACCGCGCACGCGUCUUGUGGAAACCGCUGACGGCACAUCUUUUGGAGGUGUGCCAGCAUUCUCACGCUAAAAUGCGCGAGUGGGGGGCCGAGGCUGUGACGUCAUUGGUUCGUUCAGCUCUGACGCAUGACCAUAAUCCUCCUUUGAAACAAGACCUGCAAUUACAGUCGAUGCUUCUCAGUCCUCUCCAAGAAAUGUCAAAUGUCAGCUUUUCGGAUAUUCGCUAUAAGCAAUUAGAAUGUGUUCUACAGAUUCUUCACUCAACCGGUCAAAACCUGGGGCAAGGAUGGCUGUGUGUGCUGGGAGUAAUCGGAGCAGCUACUAACCAGCAAGGUGAGGGUCUUAUUCGGGUUGCAUUCCAAAGCUUACAGCUUGUGGUGACAGAUUUCCUUCCUUUGAUGCCUUGCACGUGUAUCAAGGUCGUGGUGGACGUGGCGGGAAAAUUUGGCCUGCAGCCACAAGAACUGAACAUCAGCUUGACAGCCAUUGGUCUGUUGUGGAAUAUUUCUGAUUUUCUCUCGCAACACCGAGAGAAGAUUCGCACCGAGUUGGAACAAGUCGAAGGUUCCGCGAAUGACAACACGAAGUACGACAAACCGGUGCCUCCGUCAGACCGACAAUGGAUGUGCUUGUAUUCCAAACUCGGUGAACUAUGCGUCGAUCCUCGUCCAGCGGUUAGAAAAAGCGCAGGACAGACGCUGUUCUCCACCAUAAGUGCGCAUGGCUCGUUACUGGAGAAUGUCACGUGGUACACGGUCCUUUGGAGGGUGCUGUUUCCUUUAUUGGAGCAAGUCAAAACCAUGUCCACAUCUGCAGCCGAUGUCCCACCCCCAAGUGAUGCUGUUAACUCAAAGGGCAAAAUACUCAUUCACCAUUCACGUGAUACGGCGGAAAAACAGUGGGCGGAAACACGUGUUCUGACGUUGGGUGGCGUGGCGCGCGUGUUUAACAACCGGCGCCAAAUUUUGGCGGGUCUCGAUGAGUUCCCGCGCGCGUGGGCGCUUCUUUUGGAGUUCGUCGAGUCUGCGGCGUUGAGCAAGUCCGCUGAAGUUGCACUGGCGGCACUUAAAAGCUUUCAGGACAUCGUUCAAGAUUCGAGUGAAGCUCAAGAGAGCGCUGGCGCGAAUUCAAGCCCGGGGGAAAACACAAGGGACAAAAAAGCGGCCAAAGGAGCUGCUAGACUUAAAGUAAAACCUAAAUUUUGUCAAGCAGCGGACGAGGAUUUGAAUCUUUGGACAAACGCUUGGCGCGUGUGGUACAACAUCGGAACAACAAGCAUGUCAGAAGCACAUGUUGUCAGAACAAGACGAGAUUCCUCCGGAAAACUGAGCUCUAUUAGAACUUAUCCUGCGCAGGCCUUUCUGGCAGCCCUGGUGCAGAUAUUUCCCUCUCUGUUCAUGAGAAUAUACGGCCGUUUUGGCUUAGCCGAUUUGCAGAAACUUGUGCGAAUUCUGCAGACUUCUGUGACAAUUCCCGUGCCAAUAGAUCAGUCACCGUUUCUAGUACCAUCGUUCCAAGAUACUGUAUUAACACCCUUGCAACACGCAAUUUUGGACGCUAUCGAGGUUUUACGCGAACCUCUGCCAAACCUCUCUGGGUCUGUUCUUCAUGUCUCCAAGCAACCAAUGUAUCCUACACUAUUUUCACUGCUUCUUCAGUUCUUUGACUGCGCUACAGAGCCUCCACAGAUUGAUGACUUACCUGACACAGAUGGCACUGCCAGACGUAAAAAGAAAGAAUGGAUUAUUCUGUCGCUCACGCCUUUCUCGGAGAAAUGUCUUGAGAUGGCUGUAGUGUUGUAUAGUACCAACGGAUUUCCUUUACGUGAAGAGUUUGCCAAGUCCUGCUUUGAAACUCUGUUACAGUUUUCAUUUGUCAAUGGAACGGCAGAAGUUGAUCAACGUGUAGAGCAGCCAGACGGCAAAGUGUCUGAGUUAGCGUUAGACGCUCUUCUCAGGCGAUGUAGCGACGUGCUGGUGAAGUACGUUGAGGACGAGAAACUUAGUGGAAAAUGUCCUUUACCCAGAACCCGCAUGGCUGAGAUGUCCUUCGUUAUGAAAGCUAUCAGCACAUUACUGUCGUCCUUGAAAAGAGCUGUCAAGGAAAAUCCUACAGUUGUGGACGGGCGGAUCUGGGAACAAGUCGUUGAGCUGUACCCUCGUCUUGUGGAAUGUUCUGUUUGUAACUCCACCCCUGUCCGACGAGCCUUGCGGGAGGCAUUACAAGAAUACGCUGACCUGAUAAAACCGCCGAUUCAUACGUCCGCCAUGAAUGGUAAACGCUAGGUCAAAGACCGCCCAAAUAAAUUUGAAGAGUGAAAAGCGAAUGAUAUAUAUUAAGGGACUCUGGUUCAUGUGAACGAACGAGCAAGAUGAUACACGGAUCUAUUGAAAUUGUAAAAGAAAGACAGGAAAUUCGUAGGGUAAUUCCCUGCGCACAUGCCUGUAAGGAAUCUUCUCCGUGGGAACCUUCCAUCCAUGUGAGUUGACCAAGAUAUUUAAUUUGCUUUAAAUCUGAAGCCAUUUGUAAGGAGCUGUCGCGUCAUGUUAAGUGAUGCUUUGUUUUGUAUGAAAUUACUUUGAAAUCGAAGGAGAACUUUUGCUAGGUGAAAGUGUUUUCCUUUGAAUAUUUCAAGGAUAUAUUCUCCAAUUAGAGAAACCUUGUUCUUCAUUUCUUACACUGGACUUAAACAAAACUCGCCGACUUUAUUCAACAAUUUCAACUCAAAGGUUCAUUGCAUAGAAAUUGUACAAAACUAAUGUCAUUAAGUUAAAGUUCUUAAAACAGACGUUAUUUCUUAUGAGCAUAAAGAACGUAAGAGAGAAUUGUCUAUUUGUCGAGUAUAACUAACGUUUUUAAACCGGAUUUUUUUUAAUUGAAAACUUUCAUCG